UACUAAAUUUUGCCUUUGGUUGUCAGGAAUAAACAAAACGCUGAUGUCACGUAGCUCUUUUUGUUUCCAAAUCAACCAAAGCAAACCUACUUUGAUGCUUUUUCACAUUUACUUCAUCAUAUCACUUUUAAUUUUCAAAACCCUUUCUCUUUCUUCAUCCACAAACUUUUUUCUUCUUUCUAUCUCUUCCUCCGUUCUUCUUCUUUGUACCACCUUCUUCUUCUUCUUACAAAUUUGAAAGAAAAAUAUCUUCUGACACUCUUUCCCUCUCUCUCUCUCUCUCGUCCUUUCCUUCACUUUCUCUCUUCUUCCUCCUUCUCCCUCUUCUUCUUCCUUCUUCCUUCUUCCUACAUAUGCAAUUUGUAUUCUUUCCUGACACGGUUUGUUCUGUUGAGCGCUGAGGACGAUGAUGAACACGAUGAUGGUGAUGUUGAUGUUGUUGGGUUCGUGAUGAACGAUGUUGAACGAUUUUAGAUGAAUGAGUUGAGUUGGUUGGAGAUCUAUGAAGAUGAUGACGAAAGCUACGAAUCUGAAUCUCGGGUGAGAUCCGACCCUUCCACGGGAUUAGGGUUUCAGGAGAUCUCGGUCGCAAGUUCUUUUCCAAUAUGUUUUGUUUUCUGCAGGAACUUUUUGUGGUGGUUAUGCAGAUUGGUUAGCAGAAUUUUGUGGGAAGUGGCGGUUUGAGUCGUUGAUGCAGCCUGUUUCUUCGGGAACCAGUUUGUUAUUCGUUUCGGUUGAGCUUUAUGCAGGGCUGCAGUUCUGAUAUGGUUUAUUUUUUUUCCUUAAUCUCUUGACGUUUAAAACAUUUUGUUGUACAGACACGGCAACUUCAUAUCCAUCUUAAAGUGUCGGUUUUUCUGAAUGUUUAGAUCUCAUCAGGUAUGCAUUUAACUUUAAGGUUUUUGUCCCAGUUGCAUUAUCUAAGAAAUGUGUAUGUGUCUAUCUGUCUGCAGGGUGGUGCUGAGAGUGGAUAUGGUGCCAAAGCAGAAGAAAUUCUUGGCCAAGUCAGUGGAAGAGACAUAUUAUGGUGUUGUUCCUCGCAGUCUUACCAUUUGCAAUCAUAAUCUGCCCACACAAACUGAUACACUUAUAUUAGAGUUUCCUAAGGCGCCUAUUCGGACAAAUAUUUAUAUCCAGAAUCAGGCCAAGGCAUUGUUUCUUUUAUACUGGAGCCAUGUUCAGAUUCAUGGAGGUUCAGGUGGAAUUGAUGUAUUUGCGACUCAGGCAGCGAAGUUGGGCGAAUCGAGGGUAAUUGUUGUUGCAGGUGAUGAAGAGAGGCUAUCUUAUUGCGAGAGUAUGGGAGCCCAUGUUUGCAUCAAUUACAGAAUUGAGGACUUUGCAUCAAUUACGUCAAGAUAUUACUAAACGUCUCACUGUCCAUGGUAUUACAAUCUUCAUGUUUAGUUUUCUGAAUGGAAGUAUUUGCCUGCACAUGGUUUGAUAAAUAUGAUUUGGUGGAUUAUGUGCAGGGGGUUACUUGCAUAAUAGGAGUUAUAGGAGUAAGCAAUUGAUCAUUGAAAAUGUGAAGAAGAAUCUUUGACCUGCACUUGGAAAUGCAAAAGUAAAGAUAAAUCAUUUGGUCCACCAAUGUUUCUCUUUUUUUGAUGCAAACGAGGCUCACAAGCUUGUGGAAACGGUCACCAGAUUGGGAAGAUAUUUCUUGUGCCAUGAAAACCAUGUUGAAUACUCGACCAAUGAACAUGAAACAACAUAUUUUUGGAUCAUUUGAGUUUAGACCUUUGCUUAAUUGAUGUACAUGAGACAACAUUCUUUUGGAACAUUUGAGUUUAGACCUUUGUUUGAUUGAUGUACAUGAAACAACAUU